UUGUGGUCACACAACCAACAAUUAUACGUUGUUGCCAUGGUUCUGUAUUGGCAGAAGGUAGAAUUUAUAUUGGAGGCGGUUAUACAGGCGAUGAAAAUCAAGACAUCUUUUUAAACGAUUUCUUUUCUUUUGAUGUUAGCGUUCCAUUUUCGUCAACUGAUAUGCAGUAUGAAGUUCACGCAAAUGUUCCAAUAAAGAGUACAGCACAUGCACUUGUAUAUGCAAAAAGUGAAAAGGGUGGAAUGAUUUAUUUAUUUGGUGGUCAUCGAGAAAUUCCUAUUGGAGAUCCUAUAUACGGAUAUUCCCUAGAGAAACAAGCAUGGAGUUCCAUAACACCAAAAGUUAAUAAUGGCAUCACGAUGCCAAUUGAAUCUAGUACUAGGAUUGUCGGUAUUACAGAUAGCAGCUUAGAUACCAUUUACAUAUUUGAUAAUGGAACCAUGUAUAUUUACGAUGUAUUAAAUAAUUUUUGGAAUCCUGGUGUAAUCGCUCCUUACACACUUAAUAAUUAUGGCGCUGUAAUGUUAAAUACCAGUGAAAUUGCUUACAUUGGUGGUUCUGAUGGGACAACAAACCUUCCUAUGGAUCAGAUCCUGUUAUAUAACACAAAAUUAUCUCUAUGGUAUAUAAAGAACGCAAAGUCGAAUGAUGUAAUGCCAUCACCACGGCGGGGUCACACGGCAUCUAUAGCACCAGAUGGUCGGAUUUUUAUAUAUGGUGGAUUUGAUGGUAAUGAAGAAGCGCUUUUUUCCUCCGGAAGUACUCCCACGUUCGCAGUCCUUGAGUAUGAUGGUAAUGAAUUUAUAUGGGAUUCUCCUGAGUUAUUUAAUCCGUCAUCUGUAAUGAGAAUCUUCCAUACCUCACACGUAGUCGGAGAUUAUUUGAUUAUUGCUUUCGGGCGGAAUUUAACUCAUGUUAGAUUGAAUACGAUUGACCUGAUAAGCAUAAAGAAUAGAGAUAGUUACGAAAUUGUCACAGACUUUGCACCAUCACAAUCUUCGCUACCUAUCACAUCUUUCACAUCACCUCUACCCACCUCUUCAUCAUCAAGACCUGCCAUCAUUUUAGCAUCAGUAUUUGGUAUUAUUGUCUUUGUUGUAAUUAUUGCUGCUUACUACUUUUUCUACUUGAAAAAAAAAAAACGAAGUGACACUAUCGAUAUUCCUUCCCACCGUUGGUGA